CCCACUCACGCGUCCGCCGUUGUUUCUCAUCCCUCAUUUAGCUGCUGACAGCUGUUUGGCACACGAUUGCGCUCGAUUGCUCAUUAACACGCUGCUGUUUUAUGUUUAACCAGCGACGGGUAUGAAGAUGCAGGAAGCUGGACGUCGGUCUCCUGCCCGCCUGUCCCGUCUGCUGAGCAGAAUCUUUUAAGACCAGAGGCUCCCCGCCUGCCCACCCUUAAAAGUUUGAACGCUGCCAGGAAAUCAGGAGAGCCGGCUUGAGGCGGACGGCUCCAUAAAUCACUCACAGACGAAGGGGAGCAGCUCGGCGCCCAGCGGCCGCCACAAUGCAAGGCAUGGAUUACGAUGAAAGGGACGAGAAGAAAUAUUGCAUGAGGACGAAGCAUGUGGCCGUCAUCUGUGGCCUGGUGGUCGUUGUGGCACUGGCUGUCGGACUAGGAGUGGGGCUGUCCAGGCCUGAGCCCUGCAAAACCCAGGAGGAUCUCCAAACUACUAAAGUCCCCCAGACCACCAGCACUCCCAGCAGCAGCACCACCCAACCGGGGAAUGGCUCACCCUGCCAGGCGUCCAGCGACGAGAGCGGAGACUGGAAGAACUUCAGGUUGCCCGACUACAUGGUGCCCGUCCACUACGAUCUGGAGAUGAAGCCCGACUUGGUCAAAAACAUGUACACGGGGACCACCACCAUCCAUCUGACCGUGAGCAAGACCACCAAGCACCUGUGGAUGCACAUCCGUGAGACCUUUGUCACGGAGCUACCACGGCUCCAGCAGCAGUCUGGGGACGAGCUCCAGCUUAUCGGGGUCCUCAGGUGCUUUGAGUUCAAGAAGCACGAAUACCUGGUGGUUGAGGCAGAGCGGCCACUGGCACCCGGCGACUACCAGCUGAAGCUGAACUUCCAGGGAUCGCUCAGCGGCUCCCUCGUGGGUUUCUACAAGACCACCUACGUGGAGAAUGGCAUCGUCAAGAGCAUUGCUGCCACGGACCACGAGCCCACCGAUGCACGCAAGUCGUUCCCCUGUUUUGAUGAGCCAAACAAAAAGGCGACCUACAGCAUCUCGAUCAUCCAUGACAGCUCCUACCAUGCACUCUCCAACAUGCCCGUGGAGACCACAAUGGCCGUCGCAGAGAAUCUGAACAGGACCGUCUUCUCCAAGUCGGUGAAGAUGAGCACCUACCUGGUGUGCUUCGCCGUUCACCAGUUCACCUUCAUCGAGAGAAUGUCAUCCAGAGGCACCCGUCUGAGAAUUUAUGUUCAGCCGGAGCAGAAGCACACCGCCGAGUACGCGGCCAACAUCACCGAGGUGGUCUUCAAUUACUUUGAGGAGUACUUCAACAUGAGCUACUCGCUGCCUAAGCUGGACAAGAUUGCCAUCCCCGACUUUGGCACCGGGGCGAUGGAGAACUGGGGGCUCAUCACUUACCGGGAGAACAACUUGCUGUAUGACCCCGAAGAGUCGUCGUCCAUUAAUAAGCAGAGAGUGGCCAGCGUCAUCGCCCACGAGCUCGUGCAUCAGUGGUUCGGAAACAUUGUCACCAUGGACUGGUGGGACGACCUGUGGCUCAAUGAAGGAUUUGCCAGCUUCUUUGAGUACAUUGGCGUGAAUGAAGCAGAACCCGACUGGGGCAUGAUGAACAUUAUGCUCAUCGAUGACGUCUUACCCGUGAUGACUGACGAUGCCCUCCUGUCGUCCCAUCCCAUCAUUGUGGACGUGUCCACACCAGCAGAAAUCACCUCGGUGUUUGAUGGAAUUUCCUACAGCAAGGGCGCCUCGAUUCUGCGGAUGCUGCAGGACUGGAUGUCUCCAGAGAAGUUUCAGGAGGGAUGUCAGGAAUACUUGAAGUUUUAUCAGUUCAUGAACGCAAAAACGAGUGACUUUUGGAUGAAACUCGAAGAGGUGAGCAACAAGCCUGUGCAAACAGUCAUGGACACCUGGACUAGCAAGAUGGGCUACCCUGUUCUGCAGAUGAAAGAAAACUCGUCGAUGAUUCAGGAGCGCUUCCUGCUGGACCCCAGCGCCAGUUCUUCUUUGGAUCCAUCAGAAAGGAAUUACAAGUGGAACAUCCCCAUCCAGUGGUACGUCCUAGGAAGUUUGAAAACGGGAACGGAUUUGUACAACGUGUCACACACGUCAGAUUUCUUUCUGAGCAAUUACUCCCUAAGCGAUGGGCCACUGAAAGUGAACCGAGAUCACCUGGGAUUCUUCCGCGUCAACUACGUGGAUGAUGGGUGGGACGACAUCGGCCAGCAACUGCUCUCCAAUCAUGAGGACUUCUCGGUGUCUGACCGUGCUGGGCUCAUCGAUGACGCCUUUUCUCUGGCCAGGGCAGAAAUCCUCAAUUAUGGAAAGGCUCUGAAUCUCACUCUCUACCUGCAAAGCGAAAGCAGCUACAUUGUGUGGCAGCGGGUGUCUUCAGCCAUAGCCUACAUCAGGGACAUGCUGAGCAGCGAUGCCACCCUCCACCCCAAGUUCCAGGCCUAUUUUCAAGAUCAGGUUAAAGACCACGCAGACAGAUUGGGAUGGGAAGACACUGGAACCCACCUGGAAAGGCUGCUACGUGAAACAAUUUUGGGCAUCGCCUGCCAAAUGGGCCACCAAAGUGCUUUGGGCAACGCCUCCAUUUUAUUUCACGAGUGGAUGGCAGGAAAGAGGGUGCCUGUUAAUCUUCGACUUUUGGUGUACCGAUAUGGAAUGCAGAAUUCUGGUAAUGAGACAUCCUGGAAUAAAAUGUUUGAAGAAUACACCCAAACGAAUCUGGCUCAGGAAAAGGAAAAGCUGCUGUACGGCCUGGCGUCUGUGCAGAACAUCACGCUACUUGACAGGUUCUUGAAAGCCAUCAAAGAUGAAAGCAUUGUGAGAAGUCAAGAUGUCUUCACCAUCAUAAGAUACGUCUCCUAUAACCAAUAUGGAGAAACAAUGGCGUGGGACUGGACGCAGCUCAACUGGGACUAUCUGGUCAAGAGAUUCACGCUGAAUGACAGAAACUUGGGCCGCCUGAUCACGAGGAUCACGACCAGGUUCAACACGGAGCUGCACCUAUGGAAGAUGGAAAACUUCUUUGAGACGUACCCCGAGGCGGGAGCGGGUGAAGGACCCCGGAAGCAGGCCCUAGAGAGCGUGAGGAACAACAUCAGGUGGCUGGCGAGCAAUAAGAAUGAAAUCCAGGCCUGGCUGGAGAGUCGGGGUCCGUGAACGUGUGUGUGUGUGUGCCCCCCUCGGAGACGUUAACGCUGACGACCACCUCGGGGUCCGUGAGAUUUCUAAUAGAAGAUGAGAGUU